AUGAGCGCCAUGCGCCUGCUGACACUCGCCCUGCUCUUCUCCUGCUCGGUCGCCCGCGCCGCGUGCGACCCCAAGAUCGUCAACAUCGGCGCGGUGCUGAGCACGCGGAAGCACGAGCAGAUGUUCCGCGAGGCCGUGAACCAGGCCAACAAGCGGCACGGCUCCUGGAAGAUCCAACUCAACGCCACCUCCGUCACCCACAAGCCCAACGCCAUCCAGAUGGCCCUGUCGGUGUGCGAGGACCUCAUCUCCAGCCAGGUCUACGCCAUCCUAGUUAGCCACCCGCCUACCCCCAACGACCACUUCACUCCCACCCCCGUCUCCUACACAGCCGGCUUCUACCGCAUCCCCGUCCUGGGGCUGACCACCCGCAUGUCCAUCUACUCAGACAAGAGCAUCCACCUGAGCUUCCUGCGCACCGUGCCGCCCUACUCCCACCAGUCGAGCGUCUGGUUCGAGAUGAUGCGCGUCUACAGCUGGAAUCACGUCAUCCUGCUGGUCAGCGAUGACCACGAGGGCCGGGCGGCGCAGAAGCGCCUGGAGACGCUGCUGGAGGAGCGCGAGUCCAAGAGUAAAAAAAGGAACUAUGAAAACCUCGACCAACUGUCCUAUGACAACAAGCGCGGACCCAAGGCAGAGAAGGUGCUGCAGUUCGACCCGGGGACCAAGAACGUGACGGCGCUGCUGAUGGAGGCUCGAGAGCUGGAGGCCCGCGUCAUCAUCCUCUCUGCCAGCGAGGACGACGCUGCCACCGUGUACCGCGCAGCCGCGAUGCUGAACAUGACGGGCUCGGGGUACGUGUGGCUGGUUGGGGAGCGCGAGAUCUCGGGGAACGCCCUGCGCUACGCCCCGGACGGCAUCAUCGGGCUGCAGCUCAUCAACGGCAAGAACGAGUCGGCGCACAUCAGCGACGCCGUGGGCGUGGUGGCGCAGGCGGUGCACGAGCUCCUGGAGAAGGAGAACAUCACCGACCCCCCGCGCGGCUGCGUGGGCAACACCAACAUCUGGAAGACCGGGCCGCUCUUCAAGAGAGUGCUGAUGUCUUCCAAGUAUGCAGACGGGGUGACCGGCCGCGUGGAGUUCAAUGAGGAUGGGGACCGGAAGUUUGCCAACUACAGCAUCAUGAACCUGCAGAACCGAAAGCUGGUGCAAGUGGGCAUCUACAACGGCACCCACGUCAUCCCUAAUGACAGGAAGAUCAUCUGGCCAGGUGGUGAGACGGAGAAGCCUCGGGGGUACCAGAUGUCCACCAGACUCAAGAUUGUGACGAUCCACCAGGAGCCCUUCGUGUACGUCAAGCCCACGCUGAGCGACGGGACGUGCAGGGAGGAGUUCACGGUCAACGGCGACCCGGUCAAGAAAGUGAUCUGCACCGGGCCCAACGACACGUCGCCGGGCAGCCCGCGCCACACGGUGCCGCAGUGCUGCUACGGCUUCUGCAUCGACCUGCUCAUCAAGCUGGCGCGCACCAUGAACUUCACCUACGAGGUGCACCUGGUGGCCGAUGGCAAGUUCGGCACGCAGGAGCGGGUGAACAACAGCAACAAGAAGGAGUGGAACGGGAUGAUGGGCGAGCUGCUCAGCGGACAGGCGGACAUGAUCGUGGCGCCGCUGACGAUUAACAACGAGCGGGCGCAGUACAUCGAGUUCUCCAAGCCCUUCAAGUACCAGGGCCUGACCAUUCUGGUCAAGAAGGAGAUCCCCCGGAGCACUCUGGACUCGUUCAUGCAGCCCUUCCAGAGCACCCUGUGGCUGCUGGUGGGACUGUCAGUGCACGUGGUGGCCGUGAUGCUGUACCUGCUGGACCGCUUCAGCCCCUUUGGUCGGUUCAAGGUGAACAGCGAGGAGGAGGAGGAGGACGCACUCACCCUCUCUUCGGCCAUGUGGUUCUCCUGGGGCGUCCUGCUCAACUCUGGCAUUGGGGAAGGUGCUCCCCGAAGCUUCUCAGCACGCAUCCUGGGCAUGGUGUGGGCUGGCUUUGCCAUGAUCAUCGUGGCCUCCUACACUGCCAACCUGGCAGCCUUCCUGGUGCUGGACCGUCCAGAGGAGCGCAUUACGGGCAUCAACGACCCGCGGCUGAGGAACCCCUCGGACAAAUUCAUCUACGCAACUGUGAAGCAGAGCUCUGUGGACAUCUACUUCCGGCGGCAGGUGGAGCUGAGCACCAUGUACCGGCACAUGGAGAAACACAACUAUGAGAGCGCAGCGGAGGCCAUCCAGGCCGUGAGGGACAACAAGCUGCAUGCCUUCAUCUGGGACUCGGCGGUGCUGGAGUUCGAGGCCUCGCAGAAGUGUGACCUGGUGACUACAGGCGAGCUGUUCUUUCGCUCGGGCUUCGGCAUAGGCAUGCGCAAGGACAGCCCCUGGAAGCAGAACGUCUCCCUGUCCAUCCUCAAGUCCCAUGAGAAUGGCUUCAUGGAAGACCUGGACAAGACGUGGGUUCGGUACCAGGAAUGUGACUCACGCAGCAACGCCCCUGCGACCCUCACUUUCGAGAACAUGGCAGGGGUCUUCAUGCUGGUGGCUGGGGGCAUUGUGGCUGGGAUCUUCCUGAUUUUCAUUGAGAUUGCCUACAAGCGGCACAAGGACGCCCGCCGGAAGCAGAUGCAGCUGGCCUUCGCGGCGGUGAACGUGUGGAGGAAGAACCUGCAGGAUAGAAAGAGUGGUAGAGCAGAGCCUGACCCUAAAAAGAAAGCCACAUUUAGGGCUAUCACCUCCACCCUGGCUUCCAGCUUCAAGAGACGUAGGUCCUCCAAAGACACGAGCACCGGGGGUGGACGCGGCGCUUUGCAAAACCAAAAAGACACAGUGCUGCCGCGACGCGCUAUUGAGAGGGAGGAGGGCCAGCUGCAGCUGUGUUCCCGUCAUAGGGAGAGCUGAGACGCCCCGCCCGCCCUCUGCCCCUCCCCCGCAGACAGACAGACAGACGGACGGGACAGCGGCCCGGCCCACGCAGAGCCCCGGAGCACCACGGGGUCGGGGGAGGAGCACCCCCAGCCUCCCCCAGGCCGCGCCCGCCCACCCGCCGCCGGCCGGCCCACCCCGUCCCGCCCGCGCGAGCCCCCGGCGCGGGGCUGACGGGCGCCUUGUCUGUGUAUUUCUAUUUUGCAGCAGUACCAUCCCUCUGAUAUCUCGGGCCCGCUCAACCUCUCAGAUCCCUCGGUCAGCACCGUGGUGUGAGGCCCCCGGAGGCGCCCACCUGCCCAGUUAGCCCGGCCAAGGACACUGAUGGGUCCUGCUGCUCGGGAAGGCCUGAGGGAUGCCCACCCGCCCCAGAGACUGCCCACCACGGGCCUCCGGGCUGUCCGCCCACCCGCCCUACUGCCUGGCGGGCAGCUCCUGCCGGACCGAGGUGCGGACCGGAGCGGCUGAGGACGGGUCAGAGCUGAGCCGGCUGGGCAGGGCCGCAGGGCGCUCCGGCAGAGGCAGGGCCCUGGGGUCUCUGAGCAGUGGGGAGAGGGCCUGACCGGCCCAGCGCAGGGGCUUGGAGCAGAGACGGCAGCCCCGCCUAGGCCAUGGCCCCAGCUGGCCGGGUCGCCCUCUUCCAGCACCUGCUCGCUCCUCGGCAGCCUGAGCUCCACCCUCUCCUCUUCCUGCUGCACCCCACCCACGCCCCACCUCCCCCUGGACCCCGCGCCGGGGCUGGCCCUGCCCUUCUCCCAUGGCCGUCCCUGACUCCCCAGCUGGCAGCGCUGCCCAGAGGCGCGCUCGGGCUCCCAGCUGCCUCGGGCCUCCUCCCCCAGACUCGAGAGGGCUAAGCCCUUCUCUUCUCCUCCGUCCGGCCUGCAGCCCAGGACGGGCUUCCCCAGACCCUGGCUCGGGACUGUCUUCAACCCUGCCUUGCAUCUUGGGCACGGGAGAGCGCCACCGCCCGCCGUCCCCCACCUUGUACAGGACCAGCCUUCCCCCGUGCCGCCCGCGCGCGGCCGCGCUCCGCCCCCGCCCCCAACCCGGUGUGUGCAGUGGUGAUGCCUAAAGGAA